GGCAGCGGCGGCGGCGCGAUGCCGGCGGCGGCCGGGGGGCUGCUGUGGUGGAGCUGCUGCGUGCUGGCGGCGGCGGCCGGGGCCCCGCGGGCCGCUGCGGCGGCGCAGGCAGUGUGUGCUGGCACUGAGAACAAGCUGAGCUCCCUGUCUGACCUGGAGCAGCAGUACCGCGCCCUGCGCAAGUACUAUGAGAACUGCGAGGUGGUGAUGGGCAACCUGGAGAUCACCAGCAUCGAGCACAACAGAGACCUCUCCUUCCUCAGGUCUAUCCGAGAAGUCACGGGCUACGUGCUGGUGGCUUUGAACCAGUUUGAAUACCUGCCCCUGGAGAACCUGCGCAUCGUCCGCGGCACCAAGCUCUACGAGGAGCGCUACGCCCUGGCCAUCUUCCUCAACUACAGGAAGGAUGGCAACUUUGGGCUCAGGGAGCUUGGCCUGAGGAACCUGACGGAGAUCCUGAAUGGAGGGGUGUAUGUUGGGCAGAACAAAUUCCUCUGCUUUGCAGACACCAUUCAUUGGCAAGACAUCGUGAGGAACCCCUGGGCCUCCAACUUCACUCUGGUUCCAACAAAUGGCAGCUCAGGAUGUGGUCGGUGCCACAAGUCCUGCACAGGACGGUGCUGGGGACCCACAGAGAAUCACUGCCAGACCUUGACCAAGACGGUGUGUGCAGAGCAGUGCGACGGGCGCUGCUACGGGCCCUACGUCAGCGACUGCUGCCACCGCGAGUGCGCCGGCGGCUGCCACGGACCCAAGGACACCGACUGCUUCGCCUGCAUGAAUUUCAAUGACAGUGGUGCUUGUGUCACACAGUGCCCCCAGACCUUUGUGUACAACCCCACCACCUUCCAGCUGGAGCACAACCACAAUGCCAAGUACACCUAUGGGGCUUUCUGUGUCAAGAAGUGCCCACACAACUUUGUGGUAGAUUCCAGCUCUUGUGUCCGGGCAUGUCCGAGCUCCAAGAUGGAGGUUGAAGAAAAUGGAAUUAAGAUGUGCAAGCCCUGCACUGACAUUUGUCCUAAAGCAUGUGAUGGCAUUGGGACAGGGAGUUUGGUGUCAGCUCAGACGGUGGAUUCCAGCAACAUUGACAAGUUUGUAAACUGCACCAAGAUCAAUGGCAACCUUAUCUUCCUUGUCACUGGGAUUCAUGGAGACCCGUACCACACGAUCGCUGCCAUCAAUCCAGAGAAAUUAAACAUCUUCCAAACAGUGAGAGAGAUAACAGGGUAUUUGAACAUACAGUCAUGGCCUGAGAACAUGACAGACUUCAGGGUGUUUUCUAACUUGGUUACCAUUGGUGGGAGAGCUCUCUAUAGUGGCCUUUCCUUGCUCAUCCUAAAGCAACAAGGCAUCACUUCCCUGCAGUUCCAGUCCCUGAAGCAGAUCAGUGCUGGCAACAUCUACAUCACAGACAACAGCAACCUGUGUUACUACCACACUGUCAACUGGACCAGCCUCUUCAGCACCCCCAGCCAAAAGACAGUGAUCCACAGGAACAAAAGGGCAGAGAACUGCACUGCAGAUGGGAUGGUGUGCAACGAGCUGUGCUCCAGUGAUGGCUGCUGGGGGCCAGGGCCAGACCAGUGCCUGUCCUGCAAGCGCUUCAUCAGGGGCAGGACCUGCAUCGACUCCUGCAACCUCUACGACGGGGAAUUCCGAGAGUUUGCAAAUGGUUCUGUGUGUGUGGAGUGUGAUCCCCAGUGUGAAAAGAUGGAGGAAAACAUGAUCACCUGCUACGGGCCGGGACCUGACCACUGCACAAAGUGUUUCCAUUUCAAGGAUGGUCCAAACUGUGUGGAGAAGUGCCCUGAUGGCUUGCAGGGGGCCAACAGCUUCAUUUUCAAGUACGCCGACGAGGAUCGGGAGUGCCACCCGUGCCAUCCAAACUGCACCCAAGGGUGUAGAGGCCCCGCUAGCCAUGACUGCAUUUUCUAUCCAUGGACACGGCACUCCACCCUGCCCCAGCACGCUAGAACUCCCCUGAUUGCUGCAGGAGUCAUUGGUGGGCUCUUCAUCGUGGUCAUCAUGGGGCUGACCUUCGCCGUCUACGUGCGGCGCAAGAGCAUCAAGAAGAAGAGAGCGCUGCGAAGGUUCCUGGAGACUGAGCUUGUGGAGCCCCUGACCCCGAGCGGCACGGCGCCCAACCAAGCCCAGCUCCGCAUCCUGAAGGAGACAGAGCUGAAGAGAGUCAAGGUGCUGGGCUCUGGAGCCUUUGGGACAGUGUACAAGGGGAUCUGGGUCCCUGAGGGUGAAACAGUGAAGAUUCCUGUGGCCAUUAAGAUCCUUAAUGAGACCACUGGUCCAAAAGCCAAUGUGGAGUUCAUGGAUGAAGCUCUCAUCAUGGCCAGCAUGGACCACCCACACCUGGUGAGACUCCUGGGCGUGUGCCUGAGCCCCACCAUUCAGCUGGUCACCCAGCUGAUGCCACAUGGCUGCCUCCUGGAUUAUGUCCACGAGCACAAGGAUAAUAUUGGCUCCCAGCUCCUGCUGAACUGGUGUGUCCAGAUAGCCAAGGGAAUGAUGUACCUGGAAGAGAGGAGGCUCGUGCACCGGGACCUGGCAGCCCGUAAUGUCCUGGUGAAAUCACCCAACCACGUGAAAAUCACUGACUUUGGCUUGGCCAGGCUUCUGGAAGGGGAUGAAAAGGAGUAUAAUGCUGAUGGGGGAAAGAUGCCAAUUAAAUGGAUGGCUCUGGAGUGCAUACAUUACAGGAAAUUCACCCAUCAGAGUGAUGUGUGGAGCUAUGGAGUCACCAUCUGGGAGCUGAUGACCUUCGGGGGGAAGCCGUACGACGGAAUCCCGACGCGGGAGAUCCCCGACCUGCUGGAGAAGGGGGAGAGGCUGCCCCAGCCCCCCAUCUGCACCAUCGAUGUCUACAUGGUGAUGGUGAAGUGCUGGAUGAUUGAUGCUGACAGUCGGCCAAAAUUCAAGGAGCUGGCUGCUGAAUUCUCCAGAAUGGCUCGAGACCCUCAGAGAUACCUGGUGAUUCAGGGAGAUGAUCGUAUGAAGCUCCCAAGCCCAAAUGACAGCAAGUUCUUCCAAAACCUUCUUGAUGAGGAAGACCUGGAAGAUAUGAUGGAUGCUGAAGAGUACCUUGUCCCUCAAGCAUUCAACAUUCCUCCUCCCAUCUACACCUCCAGGACAAGGAUUGAUUCCAACAGGAACCAGUUUGUGUACCGGGAUGGUGGCUACACUGCCGAGGUGCCGAUGCCAUACAGGGCUCCAGGCUGCAUCAUUCCAGAGGCCCCAGCUGCUCAGGGGGCCACAGCAGAGAUCUUUGAAGACACCUGCUGCAAUGGCACGAUGCAGAAACAGGUGGCAAGCCUGGCAAAAGAGGACAGCAGCACGCAGAGGUACAGCGCUGACCCCACUGUCUUCAUUCCCGAGCGGGUCGUGCGGGGAGAGCUGGAUGAGGACGGGUACAUGACCCCCAUGAGAGACAAACCUAAAACAGACUACCUGAACCCAGUGGAAGAGAACCCGUUUGUUUCCCGGCGGAAGAACGGGGAUCUCCAGGCUGUGGACAACCCAGAGUACCACAACACGCCCAACGGGCAGCCCAAAGCAGAGGACGAGUACGUGAACGAGCCCCUGUACCUCAACACCUUCGCCAGCACCCUGGAGAGCGCCGAGUACCUGAAGAGCAGCCUGCCGGAGAAAGCCAAGAAGGCCUUCGACAACCCAGACUACUGGAACCACAGCCUGCCCCCACGGAGCAGCCUCCAGCACCCCGACUACCUGCAGGAGUACAGCACAAAAUACUUUUACAAACAGAACGGGCGGAUCCGGCCCAUGGUGGCGGAGAAUCCUGAAUACCUCUCCGAGUUCUCCCUGAAGCCUGGCACUGUGCUGCCCCCACCGCCCUACAGACACCGGAACACCGUGGUGUAGUGGCUGUGCUCUCCCUCAAGUGGAAAGGCAACCCCUUCUAGCUGCCUCACUCGUACUCUCACUCCCCCUUUCCCCCUGCCCUUGCCCGUCCUUCCUGCCUCCCUCCCUCUCUCUCUCUCUCCCCCAUGAGCUUCCUCUUCUUGCCAGUUCGCUCAUUUUUGAUAUUUCUAAGUGAAAGGAUGUCUCGGAGUUGGUUGCAGAUUGGGUUGGGAACCUGGAAGGACGGAAGGAAAGAGACUGAGAGAAGGAGUGUGCAACCUGGCCUUCCCCACUUUUGGCAGAUGCAGGGGGUUGGAUGCCCACGUUUCCCUGGUGGUACCAGGAAAGGCCAGUGGCAGUGCUGCUGUCCAGCUCGUUCACAGUGCUUCAACCAGCCACAGAAAGGCUGAUUCUUUCAGCAGGAACUGAUGAGAGUCUGUACAGCAUUCCUGGAAAUCUCCAUGCAAUUUCCAUCAGGGUGAAAAACGGACAAUUUUUAUAUCCUGUGUGAUAGCGUAGUAAUUGAGAUUGAGAAUCCAAUUUCUUUCUCUAACAGUUUCUAUCCCAGCAACUGGAAAUGGCUAACAUAGCUUUUCAAAAACAUUCAGAUCUUCAUUGUGGCUUUCCAAGAAAUGAUGAUGUGACUCCCACAUACAGCUAAACCCUUCUUCUGAGCCACACCGUGAUUUCGUGCCAAUUCCCAGCCACGGAGACUCCUGCUCAGAACUGGUACCUGACAUGACCAUUUUUGUAUGUGUGCCAACACAACAAACACUUUAAACACAAAAUAUCGUUCAGAAGAGAGUAACAAAACCACACCUCCAAUAUGUUCCCCUUGAAGCUAAAAAACAGGCCAAGAAAUGAAGAUUUGUAUGCCAAAAGCUUUGCUUUCCUGUUUUAUACCUGCUGACUGUAAACACUUCAAAAGAUUGUCACUAACUCUUCCCUCUUUUUCUUCUUCAUGGUCAUGAAGGGAGCUGGGGAUGCUGUCAGGCAACACUGAGGACAGGACAGAGAAUUGAAGAGUCUGAUGUUCUGUGGGGUGGGGUGGGAAGGGUCCUUUAAACUGGAAGACAGACACUGGACUGGAGAAAACGCACAUACGGUUCACUGGAAAGUUAGUUUGCACUUAACCUCUGAUUUUAUUUGAACUGUUUUCUGGAUUUUGAAUGAAGCAAUAUGGAAGUGACCAGCAACGUACAAAAAAUAAUAAUUUUAAAUUAAAAAAAAAAAAAAAAAAAAGAAAUAUAAAUUAUUUGUAAAGGGUGACUGUGGAAAUGCCAAAACGAAGCAAAUCAAGUCUUUGGAACAAUGUCUGCCACUUCUGAGAGGCCAAUGCAGUGACUGCUUCAGAGAAUACAGUGAGAAAGCAGCCAGCUCUUCCUGCUGCUCUGUGAAGGACAGCAGAGCAAGCCUGGAAAGGAUCAGGGGAGGCAAAUGUCCUGCUCUGGCUUGCAGCACAGUACAGAAUGCCAUUUUUCUAAAAGGAGGAUUACUCUGGCACAGAAGACAGUGCCUAUGAGGUUUGAGAAGUCAAAAUGUGCAUGAUUUGCAGAGCUUUCUGUCAAAAAAUGUAAAUAAGUUUGAGUCAGUCUCCUUGCACUUAGUUCUGCUUUGAUCAACCUCAGUUUUUAGGUAACACCCCCUGACCUGCUCCUCUUUGGAAAUCCCUUUCAAACCAGAGUUUUGGAUGUUUUUAGUGACCUGGGGCAGAUGGAGCUGGGAAAGGAGGCAUAAGGACCAGAGACACCUAGGCUUGUUUCUGGCACACCAAGACUGUGUGUCAGAGCAUUUGUGAGCCUGCUUCCCACCAAACACCUUAAGGAACUAUUAGGUCCCUUUGGAGAUCUGCCUGUCUCUAACCAUCAAGGCUUUUAAAGGGUAGAAACAAUACCUGGUGUAAAAUCAGUAUCUCAGUUUAUGCACUUCAGCUCUGCUAGGGCUGAGAUCUUUGGGGUUACCUAAGCUGGCAACAGUGGUCUGGAAAUGGCACCACCCUCCUCUAAAUCCCUGCCAUUCCAACAGCUUGCCACCUUAGGGAAGCAGAGGAAGGGAGUGAGAAGCAAGCAGUGGUUACCUGAAGCUUGGUGGCUGUGGGUCAGCUUGACAAAGGUGUUAAACCUGGGUUGGUUGUUGCCCUUGUAGAUGGAAAACAGAUCACAAGGCUGGUUCAGCCAGUGAGCUGUCUGUGCACCAGCUGUGUCCAGGCCAGCUGCAGCCAGGUGUGCAUCAAGUGCAGAGCUGAAGGCUCUGAAAGCAGCAAGAACAGGUUCAGAUCUUCGAGCUGUUCAAAGGAGAUCUUGGGUCAAGUGGUUUGUGGUGGUAAGGGCAAAUGGCCAGCAGACCACUGUCAUGGGAUAGAUGGACACAAUCCUGCACUGAGGGCUUCUUGUGGUGCCUCUGGUAGCUCCUUACCAUCUUAGUGGGACACACAGAGGGUGGCUUGAGGCCCUGGAUGGCUGCUCCAGGGAAAGAUUGCCCACAGCAGCGCUCACAGGGUGUCCCCUGAUGCACAAGGGACAACGGUGCCAAGCUGCCACCACAGCAAUGUGGGUGUCCCUUCCCAGCACAGCAGCUGCCUGCAGCACCAUAGGUAGGUGGAGAAAGGCUGGUUUGUCCCUGAGCAAGUCUUGUGGCAGAGUAACUCCUGAUGGAGAAAGAAAUAUAGAAUAAAACAAGCUGCUGGCGUGGCUCACAUGUUUGAAUUCAGAGUGAACUCUGCUGGGGCAGAGGCAGGCACACUUCCAGACCCAGGCACUGGCAUGGAGCUGCUCACACAAGGUGAAGCCUGUCUGUUCCUCUGGGGAUGAAGCAGUGCUCGUGUUAGAAACAGCCCAUGGAGUAAUCCAAAUGUAAAUACUGGUGGGGUUUAACAGUUUAACAUUUUAUUUCUUACAAGGCUUGAAUUAUUUAUUAAUUUUAUUUGCUGACUGUGGGUGUGCUAUAGUACAUUAAGUAGCAUGGAAAUGCAGAUGUUCCUGCUAGUGGGGCAGCAAGGAAGCUGGAGCAGGAGCUUGGCAGCCAGGAUGAGCCAUGCAGAGCCCUGCUCGUGGGGUUUGGAAUGGCAGGGGACAGGCAGAGGAUGAAUGAACACAGUGAUUCGGGAUGAGGGAGAACUCCACACACUGCAGCCUCACAAUUUAUUUUUUUUUUAAUCUUUCCUGAGCUCCUGGUUUGAGUUGCAGUUGCCAAAACUGGCCCCUUGCCCAACAGAUGGGGCUGUGAGCCAGCCCAGAGAGCAGCAGUUUUCUGAGCCCUGCCCCUUUGCUCUGGAAGAGAAGUUCUGACAUUGGCUGGCAGGUUUUACCUCUUUGCAACAGAUAGUUUAAUCACAGCUAAAGAAAAAAAAAAAAAAAAAAAAAAAAGAAAAGGAAAAAAAAGAAAGGGAAACUGGGAGCAGAACUGUAUUGCUGUUGGCUUGGGGAAAGAACUUGGGCAAGUGCACAUGGCAGGAUCAUAGCAAGCAUUCAGCUGGGGUUCAUAGGGGAUGAAAGAUGAAGGCCAAGCUCUUUAAUGCAUAGUGACAGGUUUGGGGGGAAAGCACAAAUAUCCCCACACAAACUGCAUUUUGUCAGCUCAAACUAGCAGGUGAGCAUAUCAACAGAAGUACUUUGGGUGUAAUUCACUCUCCAGUGCCACAGAAGUGUCUGUACACAGCACACUUGGAUUUUGUGGGUUUUAGAAUGCAGUCUCCUGUUUAUAAAUGUUGUCCUUCCUCCUGUCAUGGCCUGUGUGAUGGCAGAGCAGUGACCAGCUUUUCAAGAGCACAUUUUUACCCAAGUGUGGGUCAGCCAUUGUCCAAGGCACAGAGCAACGUGCCAAAGGAAAGAGAACAACAGCUUUUUUCCUGAUCUCUUCCAGUGUUACUUGUUAUUACCUACCUGAGGGUUAUUGCAAGCACACACUGGGGCUGACUCACUGUAACAUAAUUGGCCAAAACCAACUACUUUUACAUCUACUUCAGAUCUUUUCAGAUUUUUCUUUUUCUGCAGAGCAGCCAGGAGGGAUUUUUACAAGACCACAGGCUCAGAUGUAGCAGAGUAUUUACAACUGUAUUUCAAACAGGUCAUCUCUCUCAGGUAUCAAGAGAUGGAAAUAAAUCUGCAGUAGGAGCCACCAUGUAGGUCUGAAAUCCUCCUCUGUGUACAAAGAAAUGCUGUAUCACCCCUGGAUGUACCACUUAUGUGGUAGAAAAUGUUCUUUUUGAUGGCAAGACUCAUAUGCAAUGAUCUGACACCUGUUUCCAGUAAAGAUCUCACCCUCAGCACCAGCAAUCCCAGCCCAGAGAGAAGGAAAGUGGCAGCUCUGGUAGAGCAGCUCAGCCCUGUGGAUCCAGUCUUCCCAUAGCUUUAGAUGGAGCUGAGAGCACAGAGGAGAAGAAUGAGUUGUGGGGUGAGUCAGCCUAGAAAUACAGCUUGGUUUUGUGGAUGGAAAAUCAGAUAUUAGAGGAAAAAAAUCUCUUUUUUUGUCUAAUGAUGUGUAGGUGUUGCACAUCACGGUGGCAGCUAAUGGAAUGAUGGGGUUGGAGCUCCUUUAUUCCAUCUGGGAGAUGAGGAGACUGGCACCAGGCAGAGUGAGGCUGGUGGUCCACCUGCUCAUUUCCAGCUGUCACUCGCUCCAGUGUCACUCCUGUGGAUCUUCAGCCUCUGCUGAUGACAAAACAGCUCAGCUGUGGUUAUGUAGAAAUCUUGGAUUUGGGUUCAGAUUGUUUUCAGAAAGGCAGGGCUGAGUGGGAUCAGGUGGCUGGCUGCAGUGCUUGUGUUCCAUCAAGAAGAGACUGCAGGUGUCCCACAGAGUGAAGCACCACUGUGUGUGCAGCAUUCCCUCAAUUUUAUUUUCUGCCUGUUGCUGAGUGUUUGUUAUAAAGGUGGAAAAGGUCACUUUUACAAAUGGGGCUUUCAGAAUGGGAACAAAUAGCAAAAAUAAAGCUAUGUGGUUAGGAGCACCACUCUAAAAUGUCCACAAAUCACAGCUCCAUGUUAGUUCUAAUGUUAUUUUAGCACAGUUUUAGUUUACCACUGUGUGGAACAGUGGUUUGUUCUGAUGGUAGCUCCUUGCUCUUGAGGAAAUCACAGGCAGGUGAUGGCUGGGAUCUGCCUGUCAGUUUGGACAAUGCAGAGCACUUUGUAGGGAACUCUGUGAGUGUUCAGGUGAUGGUGGUGGGACUCAGUGGGGCUUCAGCUGUAGCCAGUCUCAUCUACCCAGAGCCAGAGGAACCCCUUCUGCCCAGCUGGGGUCUGUGGAUGCUCUGAGGGGGAAGCCCAAUAGGAAACAAGAAGAAUCAAAGCUGUUUCUUUCCUCCCUUUUUUAUUAUUUAAUUUUAGAAGUGAGCUUUGUGUAUACCUUGGCAGAGAGAGGUUUUCAGGGGAGUUUUGUAGGGUGUUAAGCAAUGUGAGUAGUUGUGUCCCAGCUCUUCUCCCCUCACCAAUAAAAAAGCCAUGAAAUCGUGCUCCAGUGGUGGUGUGGGUGAACCCUCUGGGGUGGUGGGACUGAUGGUGGUGGGACUGAUGGUGGUGGGACUCAGUGGGGCUUCAGCUGUAGCCAGUCUCAUCUACCCAGAGCCAGAGGAACCCCUUCUGCCCAGGGCACCCUCCAAGGUGCUGGGGUCUGUGGAUGCUCUGAGGGGGAGUCCCAAUAGGAAACAAGAAGAAUCAAAGCUGUUUCUUUCCCCCCUUUUUUAUUAUUUAAUUUUAGAAGUGAGCUUUGUGUAUACCUUGGCAGAGAGAGGUUUUCAGGGGAGUUUUGUAAGGCGUUAAGCAAUGUGAGUAGUUGUGUCCCAGCUCUUCUCCCCUCACCAAUAAAAAAGCCAUGAAAUCAUGCUCCAGUGUGGUGUGGGUGAACCCUCUGGGGUGAAGGUGCAUCCUGCCCAGCUCCCUCAGGCUGCAGGAGCCAUCCCUGGCACUGUUUGCCAGCAGCUUGGUCCCAUCCCAACCUCUGAGCACUCCUAGGGGGGGAAGCACUGUAUUGUCCAUAGCACUCUGAAGACUAAACCCUUUUGGGAUGACCACAGUAGGGAACUGUGACUGGUAUUUUCUCAGUGUAGAUAUGUAUGCUGUUCUUUCGAGGUAAGGUACUCUGACAUAUGUAGCAUAAACUGGUCCUGCUGUUAAAUGGGUCGAUUAUUAACUGAGCAGCUGUGUAGGGGUAGCUAACUUUGAAUGCAUGAAAUCACUGACAUGGGGUGGGGAGUAGGUACUGGCUACUUGUGGGGGUACUCAUGGAGAGGAGAAUGCGGGUGGAUGAGAAAACUGGUAAUUUUUAAUAGCAUUUUAAAGAUGCAAGUCCAUUUGAUACAUUAUUCACAAUGGUUUUAAUCCCUUCUUUUGCCCAGUUUUUGCUGCUUCCCCAACAUUGUAAGCUGGAAUUGCUAAAUAGGUGUCAGUCCUUGUAGAGGGAAGGGGAACUGAGGAGAAGUGUCAGCGUGUUGGGGAAGACACUAAUUUCUUGCAAAGUGAUGCAUUCAGAGUUAGCUGCCUUUCUGGAACAAAAAUAAUAAAAAAAAAAAGAAAUUCAAUACCUACUGUAUGUUACUUUGAAAAUGUGAAUAGUAUUUUUAUAGCUUGUUAAAGACACAGCUAGUUGCAUUUGUAAAUAAGGAUAAUGUUGCUUUUAUUUUCCUUGUGGACACCAUUGUUUGGAACAUAAUUGUCCUUAGGGUUGAUUUGUAUAUAGGUAAUUUGCUUGUGAUUUAAGCCGCUCCUCCCCUUUCCUUUCUGUCCCUCCCCAGCCCCUGGUUUUGGUUAGAAGUACCAUCCUCAGCAUUCUGUGUGAUUCUGUGUUUUAGCUCUGUUGUGGUGUGUUCAGACUUUCUGCACUUGCUUACACAGUAGGGUAUGCCAAUCGUGUGUGGCGUAAUGUUACUUUAACCUUUCCUUUCUCAUAUUUUAGCUGUUGAGAAUUAUACACUCUUAAAAUACUUACUGACCUGGGUUAAUAUUAGGUACAUACUUUAGCAUAAUUUCCCUUCUUUUCAUGGUUUUCUCGGGUUUUUUCCCUUUUUUUUUUCCUUUUUUUUUUUUUUUUUUUUCCUUUCCUUUCCCUUCCCUUUUGUCUUGUUUGGAAGCUGGGAAGAAACCUCUGGAUCUUCUCUUUGUGUGGUUCUAUUCCCCACUCUCGUGUGCAGCCCAGAGUUUCUCCUCAUGGUCCUUGGGGUAGAGCUUUAUCUGUUUGUUAAGGCAAAUGUAGACUGCAACCCACCUUGCAUCAACCCACGCUCAUCCCAGCUGAACAAUUUGAAAACUGUUCUGCCUUUUUGUUACAUGAAUCU